AUGAAAGUUCUGAGAUACUUUCCAAUCAAAGAGUGGCUGAAAAGGAUAUUCAUGUGCAAAGAAACAGCAACUCUAGCUCGAUGGCAUGAUGAAGGGCGCACCAAGCAGCAUGGAGUGAUACGUCAUCCAGCAGAUUCCGAGGCAUGGAAGAAAUUUGAUGAGAAGCAUGGAUUUGCAGAUGAUUGUCGUAAUAUUCGGUUUGCCAUAGCAACAGAUGGAUUUAAUCCAUAUGGGAUGCUGAGCAAUAAAUAUAGUUGUUGGCCAGUUGUGCUAGUCAUGUAUAACCUGCCUCCAUGGCUAUGCAUGAAGAAAUCUUAUCUUUCAUUGUCUUUGAUUAUUCCUGGACCUAAGAGCCCUGGUGAUAAGAUUCAUGUUUUUAUGCAACCUCUUUUAGAAGAUCUAAGAGAUCUUUUUGUGAAUGGGAUGACAACCUAUGAUGCAUCCGAACAGAAAACAUUUAAACUCAGAGCGGCUGUCUUGUGGACCAUAAAUGACUUCCCAGCAUUAGGAAUGCUUGCUUCAUAUAUGGUGCAUGGAGAUUAUGCAUGUCCACCUUGUGGUGCAAAUGUAUGGACCAAGCGCUUCAAGUAUGGCAAGAAAGCUUGUUUUAUGGGUCACCGCCGAUUUUUGCCACCUGAUCAUGAAUUUCGUAAUGAUGCUUCUGCUUUUGAUGGAACAACUGAGAAUAGAACAGAGCCUAUAACCUAUUAUGGUCGUUCCGUAUUAGAUGCCAUAGCUGCAUGUGGAGAUUUUAGUACCUCAAAAACUUACAAAGGAAAAAGUAGUCUAUUCACAUUACCAUAUUGGGACAGUAAUCUACUUCGACAUAAUCUGGAUGUGAUGCAUAUAGAGAAGAAUGUGUGUGAUAAUAUUUUUGGCACACUUCUCAAUUUGGAUGGGAAGUCAAAAGAUAAUGUACAGGCUCGUCAAGAUCUUGAAGAUAUGAAUAUUAGAGGGGAGCUCCAUCCACAAAAAAAACCUUCAGGCAAGUAUUACUUGCCACCAGCUAUCUUUACCAUGUCUAAGGAAGAAAAGCAAUUAUUCUGCAAAGUUAUUCAUGGUAUAAAAGUUCCUGAUGGAUAUUGUGGAAAUAUAUCGAAGUGUGUGAAUUUUACUGAAAGAAAAAUUAGUGGCCUCAAAACACAUGAUUGUCAUGUCCUAUUACAUCAAUUUCUGCCAAUUGCUGCGAGAGGUAUUCUUCCAGAUGAUGUUACAUCAGUAUUAUUUGAACUGUCAUCAUAUUUUCGAGGCAUAUGUUCAAAAGUUCUUCAUGUUGAUGAGCUUGACCGUUUGGAAGAAAGAAUCAAACUUACACUCUGCAAAAUGGAGAUGAUAUUUCCUCCUGGUUUUUUCACUGUUAUGGUGCACUUAGUUGUCCAUUUAGCAAGUGAAUGUAAAAUAGCAGGACCAGUUACUUAUCGGUGGAUGUACUUCAUAGAAAGGUAUCUUGGUGAGCUAAAGUCCUUUGUUCGGAACAAAGCUCGUCCAGAGGGUUCAAUUGCAGAAUCAUUUUUAUCGGAUGAGUGCAUGACAUUUUGUUCAAGAUACUACAGGGUUUCUCCACCAAGCAUAACCAACCAUCAAGGAAUGAUGACAACCCAGAGGACUCUGAAUUGUCAAUAUUUUCACAACAAUCUAUGUUGUUUCCUCCAGUAGGGAAACCAUUGGGAAGACCAAUGGCAUACACUUUAACGGAUAAGGAGGCAACACAGGCCCACAGAUAUGUGUUGUUCAACUGUGAUGCUGUGAAGCCAUAUUUGGAAGAACAUGGGGCUUAUUUGAGAAGGAAGAAUCGCAAGAAGCGCAUAGAUCCAAGGACCUAUGAGAAGAUGCAGCAUGAACAAUUUCCUGAAUGGCUCAAGGAUCAUGUGAUGCAGUUGGAGAGGGAGAAAGGUAGUGACAACAUCAGUGAGGAAAUUAGAUGGUUGGCCCGUGGUCCACUUGAGGUUGCAACGAAACAUAGAGCAUUCAAUAUUCAAGGAUACAGAUUUAAGCCGAAGCGUUACGACAAAGUAACUCAAAAUAGUGGAGUUGUUGUUACAGCAAAAACGUCAAGCUACUCUUCUGCACGUGUGAUAAAAAUCCUAUUCUUGGAAAUGUCAUGUAUUUUGGUAGGAUUGUGGACAUAAUUGAGUUAGACUAUUUCCGAAAAUUUUCGGUGGUGCUAUUUAAAUGUGAAUGGGUUGAUGCUACCGAAGGAAAAGGUAUGCAAAUAGAUAAGUAUGGGUGUAGACUUGUGAAUUUCUCUAGUCUAACUCACACUGGUAAAAAGGCAGAGGAUGAACCUUUUGUAUUUGCCAAUCAAGUUGACCAAGUAUUCUACGUGGAUGACCAUCUUUAUCCAGGAUGGUUAAUUGUUUUGAAGAUGAUGCCUCGAGAUAAUUUUGAUAUGGGUGAAGAAUGGAAUGAUGUGGAAACAGAACCUUAUCAUGUCAGUAAAUUCUUUCAGCUUUUUGAUACUGCCCAUCAGAAACAAAAUUGGAUGAGAAGGGAUAUAGAGGGAGAAACUGUAGAUGCUCCUAUAGUGUCAAGUGAUGACACAGUACCUGAAUAAAGGUGAGGUUCCAAUGUGAUUCUGUUAUUUACAUUCUUAGUAUCAUUGCUGCAACUUAUGUCAUUCUGGACAUGAAACUUACCACUAUUGCUUCUGAAUGCAGGUUUGAUGGAUAAUCAAAAAGUCACCUAUCUGAAUAUGUGGAGCCUAGUUGAGGUGACGAAUUCAUUAGUGUUAUUGCUAUUUUUUCUUUAAUGUUUAUGUACUUCAUAAUUCAGACAAGAAUAUUUGUAGGUGUGACAGGCCUAAAGUGUCAAUACUUGAUCCCAAAUAUGUUGGUUCCACGAACAGCAUAAAGGUGUUAGAUAGGCUGGUUCCACGAACUCGAUCAAUACAUUGGUGUUGGUUGUCUUCUUUCCAAUACAUGAUGAGUUGCAGUAUCUAUAAAGUGUGAGUUGCAUAAUGUUUUUGGUUCACAAAACAGAGUGAGAAAGAGAAAAAGAGAGAAACAGAGAGUGACCGAGGCAGAAAUAAUUUUCAGAUGUAUAUUACUCCCUCAUAUAUAGAUACAUCGAUUUCAUAUGUAGCGCGCGACCAGUAAUUCUGAUGCAGGUUUGGCGUGAGGCGUAGGGCCAGGUUGGAAUUUCAGCAGCGCUGUUUUUUUUACAAAAUUUCAUACUUUAUUAUAAUAUAUUAAUGAUAUUAAAACACACAUAUACAAUUAAGUAUGCACGCUCAAAUUCCCUUGAACCGGCAUCAAACUUGGGGGAGGUUUGUGGGUGUCCGAACCCGUGCUAAUAUACGUGGUCCCUACCAUAGCGCGUACAGCGCCA